ACAUCCUGUGCGCAGUCCGAGGCGGUUAGAGGUUGGGUUGGGUGGGUUGAACGAAGGGUUGGCUGACGGCGACGACGGCUAUCGAGAGCUCGUAAGCAUGAAUCCAACUGAAUCGCUGGGUCCCAGAAAACGCGACAAAGCAUGCUGUGGCGAAUGUGUCGGCUCUUUAAGUGGUCAGUGCCGCUUCGAUCGGGCGUUAUCUCUAUUCGGCGCGCAUAAAUCUUAAGUGAAAGUAAUGGUGUAUGUUGUGUAUGUGUCAAAGUGACCGUUGCCAUUGUUACGUGGAAACAUGGAUAAGGGAGUGCACCAAGAUCCAUCUGCAGCAUGCGGCACGUGCGAUCCCUACGACAGCGACGUGUACGUGCGUAAGCCUGGAAAUACAACCAUCCAGCAACUUGUUUCAAGCGGCGUAGAGGCUUCGACGUAUGAUUCAGCAGAUGAUGCUACGCAAGGCGACACCAGUUCCUGGGAGGAGAAUGACGAUUUGGGUUCGGAUCUCCAUCCGAACAUCCGCGACCGUAUGCGCAGGAAGUUGCGCUUCUUUUUCAUGAACCCUAUAGAAAAGUACCAGGCCAAAAAGCGCAUUCCUUGGAAGUUAGUCUUGCAGGUUGUGAAGAUUGCCCUGGUCACCCUACAGCUGGUGCUAUUCGGCACGAACAGCUACUCGUACCAGCAGCAGCACAGGGACACGACUGUUGCCUUACAUCACAUAUUUCUUUUCGAUUGGGACAGUGUGCGUGAAAUCGCGAACUAUCCGCCUGCCGCGGGGCCCUAUGCGGUGUACACGAAGGCAGAGUUCUACAGGCACGUGGACAAUGUUGUGCGAAAAUACUCAAACGUCACGACGUCGGCAAUCGGCUCGUUCGGCUACGACUCUCCUAGAGGUGACCUGAUCCCCCUCGUAUUAUGCAAGACCUACUACCGCAAGGGCUACGUAUGGCCCUUUAAUGAUACACUCAUCUUUGACAACUAUCCGGUGCGGCGUUGCCUGGCUGUGAAAGGGCCUGAAGCAGGAAAUCCCGCCUGGCUCAACUUCAGCAUCGAGAGUUACCUCCGGGAGCAUAACUUCUCCAUUAUCUUCGAACGCCUCAUAAACGUUCAUUUAGAGUUUACCCUCAAGACGGUGUACCUCAAGAGCCUCAGCAAGUUUGAUUUGCCAGACUGCUAUCGGUACAAUAUCACCAUUUACUACAACAAUGAAGCCCACGACGGCCAGCUGUUGAUAUCGCUUGGUGUACAUUCAAAAAAGCUGGACUGCACCACUAAUGUGUUGUACACAGAUUCUAACAAAAUCGCUUAUGCAUGCCUCCAGGCUGUCAAUGUAAUUGUGAUUGUUAUCUGUGCUUCCUCACUAGUGCUGUGUGUCAGGUCUCUUAUCCGUGGCCAAACACUGCGGAAAAAAACAGCGAGGUUCUUUGCAAAGUACUACAAGAAGAAACUUACACUAUCCGAUGAGCUGGAGUUUGUAGACUUCUGGUAUGUCAUGAUCACCAUCAAUGACAUUCUCAUCAUCCUGGGCUCCUGCUUUAAGAUACAACUGGAGCAGCGUGUCUUAGAUGGUCAGCAGUACAACUUGUGUUCAGCGCUACUUGGAACUGGAAACCUUCUUGUCUGGGCUGGGGUGCUGCGCUACCUGGGCUUCUUCAAGAAAUACAACAUCCUCAUCCUAACAAUGCGUCGGGCUUUCCCCAACAUCUUGCGCUUUCUGCUCUGUGCGCUUCUUCUGUACUGUGGUUUCUGUUUCUGUGGAUGGGUUGUCCUGGGACCACAUCACAUCAAGUUCCGCUCACUCAGCAUGACCUCCGAGUGUCUCUUUGCCCUCAUGAAUGGAGAUGACAUGUUUGCCACGUUCGCUAUCUUGUCAGAGAGUGACGGCAUCAUCUGGUGGUUCUGCAGGUUCUACCUUUACCUGUUCUUGAUCCUCUUCAUCUACUGUGUGCUCAGCUUGUUCUUAUCAGUGAUCAUGGACUCGUACGAAACAAUCCGUGAAAUACAUGAGCAUGGAGCACAGCCGGGAGAGCUGCAUAAGUUCAUCUCUGAAUGCAACGAUACGGCCACAAGCACAGCAUACCUCGAGGAUGACCAGUCCCCAAAGAGGAGCAGGACACAGAUAAUAACUGACUGCUUUCCAUGCUUUCGGAGGAGGGGAUACAAUCCCAUAUGACGCUUCGUGGACAUUACUUCGGGGGUCCAACUAAGCUGGUGUUAUUAUUUAAAAGAGAAUGCUAGAAGGAUGCGGCCCACAGUGACUGUCACUGUCCCGUGUAGCUUUGAACUGAAUCUCAGUAGACAGACUGUGCAGUGAUUAUGAUUGAUAUUGUUGUACCAUUGACGUAACUAGUGUCUUAUUAAUGUUUUACAUACAGCUGUUGAUGCUACUGUAAGCAGUUGUUACUUGUAGGUAAUGCUAGGAACACACAAGACUGAGUGGCACACAGUAACAUUGCAGGUCUCGUGCUCGGCCCUCAUUGUGUUUGCACUUGUUGACAUCACACCAUGAUGUAGCCACUACUCUCUUCUCUUUAUGAAUGCUGACGAAUGCUGACACAUGUGCAUCAUGGCAGCUGGAUAUAUGCAUACUUGUUGAACAAGGAUAACAAUUUUGUGCUCUCUGCAUUGUUACAUCGUUCACAAAGGCAACUUUGGAGACUCAAUAAUGUUCCUGACAGCCAUGUUAAUGUCUGUUCUUCAAGAAACUUCAUCACUUUUGUUUUUGACAAACCUCAUGGUGUUUUGCCUUUAUGGGAACCAUAAUACCUUUCUUAUUUUAUUAGUCACACAAAACUACGAAGUAGAGAAGGUUAUGGCUUCAGUUUUCUCAUCUGUAGACUCUGCACAUGUUGCAAAGGUACCUUGUAUGUAAAUCUCGGGCCUGUGUUCCACUGAGAUUAUACAGUCGAGGGGAUUUUCAUCGACUUCCCAUGGUACACAAUGAUAGUUGGCUUGUACCAAAUGCUGAAUAAAUCUUAGGUGAAAAUAUG